AUGUUCAAGCUUAUCAACAUUUUCCUAUGUAUACAUUUGGCAUGUACAAGUCAUUUUCAAGGUGGAACAAUUACAUAUAAAAUAAUGAAUACUUAUGGAUCUACAAUAUCCAUCAUGAUAACACAAACAUAUAUAUACAGAUGGCCGUUGAUUUAUUGUGAUAAUUCUUAUAUAUUAUCACAAAGUUCACCUAAUAUGAGUGCUUUUCCUGAAUAUAAUUAUAAACUCAAUUGUAUUUCAAAUUGUACAACAACUGGUGGCUAUGUACCAGUACCAAUUAGACCCUACUGUAUAGAUUAUUCAGCGCCGAUGUCUAUUAGUACUACACAAAGAACUGAUAUAGUUAAUAUUACAAGUGGAGCUUAUUUUACAGUCGCUUUUCAAUCAUCAGCUUGGCGAACAUUAAGUUUACCAAACGGUAGUCCAACAAGUAAAGGUUGGAGUAUUUCAUGUAUAAUUGAUCUACGAAUAAGAUCUGAUACAGGCACACUAAAUACACCUCCUGUUGCGAAUAUGAUUUCACCCACUGAUAUUCCUGUUGGAGUUCAACAAUCAUUGAUUAUUCCGACAAUUGAUAGUGAUAAUGAUAUAGUCCGAUGUCGUUUUGCUAAUACGACUACUGAAUGUGCAGAUGUAUGUCCACCAAGUUCUCUACCAAAUAAUACAAUACUCAUAUCUUCAAAUUGCACAUUGCUUAUCACUGGUGCCGAAGUGAAUAAUUGGUAUGCUGUAGCUAUUCAGAUUGAAGAUUUUGCUUCGGAAAAUUCGACAACUCCAUUAAGUUCUGUACCGAUUCAAAUUCUCGUUAAUGUAUAUGCUUCACCUAACUGUACCAUAGCUCCUCGUCUUUAUGGUUCUACUAAUCAAACAGGUACAUGUCAAAGUUUACAAGUUGGGCAACCGCAUGUGAUCAUGCUCUAUGCUGAGAAUUAUUGCUCAAAUUAUAGUGUUACAAUAGAAGAUAUUGCUACGCUAUCAUUUCCUAUUGUUAUUAAAAGUAAUCUCACUCGAAAUACAAGUACAUUAUAUUCUGUUGGUUUAACAUGGACACCAACUACAAAUCAAAUCGGUUCACAAAUACUUUGUGCCGUUGCAAUUGAUAGUCAACAUGUUCAAUCAAAUCAAUAUUGUGUAGCAUUUGCAGUGAGUCAAACUGGUAGUGCAGCAUGUCCUGGAGAAGUAUUAGAAACUACAACGUCAUCAAUAAUCACUCGGGAGAUAUUUUAUGAGUCUUCACCACCUAUUGAUAAUCUCACAGCAUAUAUCAGUCUGGCACAAAGCUCUAAAGAUGUUACAUCAUCGAUAACCGGUACGACGACCAUCAGUACAACAACUGAUUCAUCAUCGAGUACAUCCUUGUGGCUACUAUCUGUAAUUGUUGGUGUUGCUGCUCUUUUAACACUGCUAUGCUGUUUAUUAUGUCUAUUCCCUAAUGGUCUUGAAUCAUUGUAUAGAAAACGUCGAGGUGAAGUGUCAUCAGAACAACGGCCUAAUACCGAUCGAACUGGUCAGCUACCAAGAAUGUAUAUGCUUCCAAGAAGAUUCAAUCAUGAUUUGGAUAAUAUCAGUCGAAGUGCUAGCAGUUUAGAAAGUUCAACAAGUGCAACUGAAUCUGAUGCACGUUUAGAUUUAUUUUCAACAACAUCUCGUGACCGAAUGAAUAGAAAAGAAAAUAACGAUAGAUGGGCAAAUCCACCACCAAGAUACUAUCAAGUAGAAAUAACACGUGCUGAAUAUUCAGCUAAAGAUAACUCUGUUAGAUUUCAAAAAAACCUUGUACAAAUAUGUUCAUCAUUUGAUGAAAAUUAA